CGCUCAACAAGGCCCCGCGGGACCAUCUGUGUGAAGUGGACUCAUCCCCCAUAGGCCGGGCUGCAGGACUCGGUGUGAUGCCCGCCCCCGUUACCCGUUCUCAUUGCUUGAAACGAGGAGGGGCUCUGCGUCUGCCUGCCCACUCGGCCCCCAGUUAUUAGUCCAUGCAUGUCCGCCGUCGCCCAUACAUGACCCUCUACUAACGGCCGACCUCCGUGCACUCUGACCAGUUCGUCAGCAGCUGCACCGCCUCCUCUCUCAUACACGACACCCACUCUCGUUUACCUCCCGUCGCUCGCUCCUCACGCCACAUUGCAUUCGCGCGCAGCCCGCCGCCGCCAUGCAACGAAUGCAGAGGAAGUUUGGGCGUCUGCCCUUCAUGGCGCGGACGCCCAACGAGGCCGACAUCGAGGCCAUGCUGCGGGACUUCAAUGACAGCGACCAGAUGCUGAAGAACAUUGAGGAGGCUUCUGCACAAUGGCGCGAUGCGUGGACCAACAUCCUCAACCACCAGCUCUCGUGCGCCGAGGGCCUGCACAGCAUCUACAAACCCGUCGCCGGCGAAUUCACACGGCACGAACAUGCCGACACCCCCGCUGAGACCAUGGAGCGUGCCGUCAAGCUCGAGGAGGCAUUCGCGGAGCUCAAGACGGACAUGAUGGAGGAAAUCAAGGACAUCGACAAGAAGCUCAUCCUGCCAGCCAAGAUCGCUAGGGACUCGCUGAAGCCAAUGAAGAAGGCCAUUACCAAGCGCGAGGAUAGAAAGGUCGACUACGAACGCUACAAAGGACGCGCCGAAGCCCUUCAGAAGAAAAAGACGCGGUCCGACCGGGAGAACACGGCACUGGCAAAGCACGAAGCCGACCUGGAACGCGCUAUUCACGAAUACAACUACGCCGAUGAAGGCCUCCGCACCCAGCUGCCCAAGCUCAACGCCGCGACAUUCUCCCUCCUCCCACACCUACUCGCCAACCAGAUUAUUCUCCAAAACAACCUGAUCGGCAAUCUCUACACUGUGCUGCAUCAAUACUCGCAUGAGCAGGGAUAUCCUGACCCGCCACCAGAGCCCGAAGAGGUCAUUCCGGAAUGGGAUGCGAGCUUCACAUCCAUGCGCAAAGAGAUGGAAGAGAACUUUGAGCUCCUCAGGACUGGAAAAGCAAGGACACAGCCGAUGCGACUUCCGGACAAAGGCGACACAAUUACUGGUAUAGGAAUUAGAAACAAAGUCUUGCCCGGCAGGAGAACGAGCAGCAGCGAGACGAUCCCGAUCCGUGACCGAUCGCCGAGACCGCAGCGACACAACCUACCUCCUACGAAUGAGGACGAUGGACCACCUGCACCGAAACUGAACCUCGCCAGCAAGCCUUCGAUGAACCAACUCAACGCGAGCAAACCCAGAAUCGGUGGAGCAUCGCCUGGUCUGAUUCCGACCCCAACUUUUGACCAGUUUGGCAGACGCACCUCUUCAUACUCGGAUGCGUCGUCAACCCACACGAACGGUCACGACGAUUACUUCGGCAACAGCAAUGGUAAUGGGAGACCGCGCAUCCCUUCCACAAGUUCAUCAUAUGGUGCAGGAUACCCAUCUCCGCAAGCAUUAGCAGCGAAGAAGAAGCCGCCGCCACCUCCGCCGCCGAAGAAGGUGGGAUCGUUUCAUGGAGAGUACGUCACGGCUAUGUAUGACUUUGAGGGGCAGAGCGAGGGUGAUUUGUCUUUCCGAGAAGGAGACAAGAUACGUGUGAUAAAAAAGACGAACAGUUCGCAGGACUGGUGGGAGGGCGAACUGCGCGGCUACAAGGGAAGUUUCCCCGCCAACUAUGUGAAGUGAGUAGCGCAUGAUGCUUGUCGUUUUCAGCGAGCUUCGGCAUAUCUAGGGAGUGAAUCGGAUUAUUGCAUGGAAGGACACAUACGACUGCAUAGGGAAGGACACGGUAUAACGAUCGCACGAGGGAUACCCGCGUGGGUACGAGGUGUGGUGCAUUUACACAUCAGACUGCUGUCGAAGUGAUUAAGGUAGCAUAGAAAGGCUUGGGAGUUUAAUGGGCGCCAAAAGGUUUCCUCACCGAGAGGAUACCACUGCUUGAACCUAAAGGAUCCACUGCUUCGUCC